GGAUAAUGUGGGUUCAGGCGAGAGGAGGUGGGGAGGAACCUCCUACCCGACGUCCACAACACUCCGGGUCUCCUCUACCGCCGCUCCUCCAGCCAUGGCCGUCGGCAAGAACAAGGGCCUCAACAAAUCGGGCAAGAAGGGGUCCAAAAAGAAGGUGAUCGACCCCUUCACCCGCAAGGACUGGUACGAUGUCAAGUCUCCGGCUCUGUUCUUCAACAGGAAUGUGGGCAAGACCCUCGUUAACAGGACUCAGGGCACCAAGAUUGCUUCUGAAGGCCUGAAAGGUCGUGUGUUUGAAGUCUCCCUUGCUGAUCUUCAAAAUGAAGCAGAUGCCGAGAGGAGUUUCCGCAAGUUCCGACUUAUUGCUGAAGAAGUCCAGGGCAAGAAUGUUCUUUGCAAUUUCCAUGGAUUCAACUUGACAACUGAUAAACUACGAUCCAUGGUCAAGAAAUGGCAGACUUGCAUUGAAGCUAAUGCUGAUGUCAAGACAACCGACGGCUACAUCCUUCGUGUUUUCUGCAUUGGCUUUACUGAAAAGGUUACAAGCCAAACCAGGAAGACUGCCUAUGCCCAACACACACAAGUUAAGAACAUCCGCAAGAAGAUGGUGGACAUCAUCACACGUGCUGUGAACAGUAGUGAACUGAAGGAAGUGGUCAACAAGCUUAUCCCUGACUCGAUGGCUGAUGAUAUCCGAAAAGCUUGUAACCUCAUUUAUCCCCUCAAGGAAGUACAUAUUCGUAAGGUAAAGGUCCUGAAGAAGCCACGUUUUGAUCUAGGGAAGCUGCUGGAGAUGCAUGGCGAGAGUGGAAAAUCUGCCACAACCACUGGUGAGGAUGUUGGUUCCAAGGUGGACCGUCCUGAUAAUUAUGAACCUCCAGUUCAGUCCAAAGUUUAAAUAAAUGUAAGGAUUGA